AUGACUGGAUUCUACCCUCCUGCUGUUAAAGUAACAUGGACAAAGAACAAUGUGAAUGUUACAGAGGGGAUGACUCUGGGCAGGUAUUCCAGUAACAGUGAUGGAAGCUUCAGUCUGUUCUCUGUUCUGGGGUUCACCCCAGAGGAAGGGGAUAUUUACACUUGUACAGUUGAGCACAAAGCUCUCCUCUGGCCCUUAACUAGAGAAUUAGAUGGGUAUUACGCACACCGAAGGGUGCGGUGCGCAACUUGGGAUAUGGAAAAGGCAGAGUUAAUAGAUUCCAGUUAUUUUAACAAGAUGGAAUACUUAAGAUACAACAGCACUAUGAAUAAGUUUACUGGAUACAUGGAAUAUGGGCUGGCAUUGGCAGAAGAGCUGAACAGGGACCCUGCGUACCUGAGAGCCAUGUAUGCCGUCAUGGAAAGAUAUUGCAGAUACUAUGGCCUGAAGUACUAUCCACAUGUAAAUAAGAGAGUGCAGCCUGAAGUCCAGCUCAAGUUAAUCAAGCAGGCCAGUGGCAGACAUCCAGCCAUGUUGAUGUGCAGUGCCUAUGACUUCUACCCCAAAGCCAUCAGACUUACCUGGUUAAAGGACGGAAAAGAAGUGACCUCUGAUGUGACCUCCUCUGAGGAGAUGGCUGAUGGUGACUGGUACUACCAGAGCCAUUCUCACCUAGAGUACAUGCCCAAAUCAGGAGAGAAGAUUUCUUGUAUGGUGGAGCAUGCCAGCUUCAGUAAAUCCAUGAUAUAUGACUGGAAUCCUGGUCUCUCUGGACUGGAGAAGGGGAAGAUUGCAGUAGGAGCCUGUGUGCUUAUGUUGGGAAUGACUGCAGCAGUAGCAGGGCUCAUAUACCAUAGAAAAAAAUACAAAGGUCAGUGGGAAUAA